CCGUCCCUCCCGGUCCCUCCGGGUCCCUGCCCCGCGGCGGGCGGGAUGCGCACGGGGUGCCCGCGCCCGGGAGGGCGGUUUCCGCGGUAGGCGCUGCCAGGUCUGCGGCUGAUCUCCCAGUGGGAUUGAUUUGCGGAGGGUCAUGAAUCAGACCGAUGCUCCCCGGCCGCUGAACUGGACCAUCCGGAAGCUGUGCCAUGCCGCUUUCCUCCCCUCCGUCAGGCUUCUGAAGGCACAGAAAUCAUGGAUAGAAAGAGCAUUUUACAAGAGAGAAUGUGUUCAUAUCAUACCCAGCACCAAAGACCCCCAUAGGUGUUGCUGUGGGCGUCUAAUAGGUCAACAUGUUGGACUGACUCCAAGCAUCUCUGUUAUUCAGAAUGAGAAAAAUGAAAGCAGGCUUACUCGCAAUGACAUCCAGUCAGAGAAGUGGUCCAUCAGCAAGCACACACAGCUCAGUCCGACGGACGCUUUUGGAACCAUUGAGUUCCAAGGAGGAGGCCAUUCCAAUAAAGCCAUGUAUGUACGUGUGUCUUUUGACACAAAGCCUGACCUUCUUCUGCAUCUGAUGACCAAAGAGUGGCAGCUUGAGCUCCCUAAACUUCUCAUCUCUGUGCAUGGGGGCCUUCAGAAUUUUGAACUUCAGCCAAAACUCAAGCAAGUCUUUGGAAAAGGCCUCAUUAAGGCUGCUAUGACAACCGGAGCAUGGAUAUUCACUGGAGGAGUAAACACAGGAGUCAUUCGGCAUGUUGGAGAUGCACUGAAAGAUCAUGCCUCAAAAUCUAGAGGGAAGAUCUGCACCAUUGGUAUCGCUCCCUGGGGGAUUGUGGAAAAUCAAGAGGAUCUGAUUGGCAAAGAUGUGGUCCGGCCAUACCAGACGAUGUCCAAUCCCAUGAGUAAGUUGACAGUGCUCAACAGUAUGCAUUCUCAUUUUAUUUUGGCUGACAAUGGGACUACUGGUAAAUAUGGAGCCGAGGUGAAACUUCGUAGACAGCUGGAAAAGCACAUUUCACUUCAGAAGAUAAAUACGAGAAUUGGUCAAGGGGUUCCAGUGGUUGCCCUUAUUGUGGAAGGAGGUCCCAAUGUUAUCUCCAUUGUUCUGGAGUACCUGAGAGACACUCCUCCUGUUCCUGUUGUGGUAUGCGAUGGCAGCGGCCGGGCAUCUGACAUCCUUGCCUUUGGUCACAAAUACUCUGAGGAAGGAGGACUUAUCAAUGAGUCUUUGAGAGAUCAGUUGCUAGUUACCAUACAGAAGACUUUCACAUACACCCGAACCCAGGCACAGCACCUCUUCAUUAUCCUCAUGGAGUGCAUGAAGAAGAAGGAGCUGAUCACAGUAUUUCGCAUGGGAUCAGAAGGACACCAGGAUAUUGAUUUAGCUAUCCUGACAGCAUUACUGAAAGGAGCUAACGCGUCUGCUCCCGACCAGCUGAGCCUAGCAUUAGCGUGGAACAGAGUAGACAUCGCCCGCAGUCAGAUCUUUAUUUACGGGCAGCAGUGGCCGGUGGGCUCCCUUGAGCAAGCAAUGCUGGAUGCACUGGUGUUGGACAGAGUGGAUUUUGUGAAAUUACUCAUAGAAAAUGGAGUAAGCAUGCAUCGUUUUCUCACCAUCUCCCGGCUAGAGGAAUUGUACAAUACGAGACAUGGACCAUCCAACACUCUGUAUCAUCUAGUCAGGGACGUCAAAAAGGGAAACUUACCUCCUGAUUAUCGGAUAAGUCUGAUUGAUAUUGGUUUGGUGAUAGAGUACCUGAUGGGAGGAGCGUAUCGCUGCAAUUACACCCGAAAGCGUUUCAGAACACUGUACCACAAUUUAUUUGGGCCCAAGAGGCCAAAAGCCCUGAAACUGUUGGGAAUGGAGGAUGAUGUCCCUUUGCGGCGGGGGAGAAAAACAACCAAGAAAAGAGAAGAAGAAGUAGAUAUUGAUUUGGAUGACCCUGAGAUCAACCAUUUCCCCUUCCCAUUCCAUGAGCUGAUGGUGUGGGCUGUACUGAUGAAGCGUCAGAAGAUGGCCCUCUUUUUUUGGCAGCAUGGGGAAGAGGCUAUGGCUAAAGCACUGGUGGCCUGUAAACUUUGCAAAGCUAUGGCCCACGAAGCAUCAGAAAAUGACAUGGUGGAUGACAUAUCCCAAGAGCUGAACCAUAAUUCCAGGGACUUCGGCCAGUUGGCAGUGGAGCUGUUGGACCAGUCAUACAAGCAGGAUGAGCAACUGGCAAUGAAACUGCUGACCUACGAGCUGAAGAACUGGAGCAACGCCACAUGCCUGCAGCUCGCAGUGGCAGCCAAGCACAGGGACUUCAUUGCUCACACUUGCAGCCAAAUGCUGCUCACAGACAUGUGGAUGGGUCGUCUCCGGAUGCGCAAAAAUUCUGGCCUCAAGGUAAUUCUAGGAAUUCUACUUCCUCCUUCAAUCCUCAGCUUGGAAUUCAAGAACAAAGAUGAUAUGCCUUACAUGACCCAAGCCAAUGAGAUCCAUCUCCAAGAGAAGGAGCCAGAGGAACCAGAGAAACCAGUGAAAGAAAAAGAGGAGGAGGACAUGGAACUCACCGCAAACAGCAGGAGCUGCCCACAGGACCCCGUCUGCAGGCAGGCAGAAGGACCUGCCUACAGGACCCAAUAUGCAGGCAAGCCGAAGGAGCAGCCCACAAGACCCACCUACAGGACUCAUUUGCAGGCAAUGCUGGGACGAGGGAAUGGAGAGUCCUCAAGAAAGAAAGAGGAAGAGGAAGUUCAGAGAAGGCACAGACUGAUCCCUGUUGGAAGAAAGAUUUAUGAGUUCUACAAUGCUCCCAUUGUUAAAUUUUGGUUUUACACACUGGCAUAUAUAGGCUACUUGAUGCUUUUCAAUUAUAUAGUGUUAGUGAAGAUGGAUCGCUGGCCAUCUACACAGGAGUGGAUUGUCAUCUCAUACAUUUUCACUCUGGGAAUAGAGAAGAUGAGAGAGAUAUUGAUGUCAGAGCCUGGGAAGCUGUUACAGAAGGUGAAAGUUUGGCUCCAGGAGUACUGGAAUGUUACUGACCUCAUAGCUAUCCUCCUGUUCUCCGUUGGGAUGGUGCUCCGUCUGCAAGAUCUGCCACUGCGGAGCGAUGGACGAGUGAUAUACUGUGUUAACAUCAUUUAUUGGUAUAUACGGUUAUUAGACAUCUUCGGAGUAAACAAGUAUUUGGGACCAUAUGUUAUGAUGAUUGGGAAAAUGAUGAUAGACAUGAUGUACUUUGUCAUCAUCAUGUUGGUGGUUCUGAUGAGCUUUGGUGUUGCAAGACAGGCUAUUCUCUUCCCUAAUGAGGAGCCCUCAUGGAAGCUGGCGAAAAACAUUUUUUACAUGCCUUAUUGGAUGAUCUAUGGAGAAGUGUUUGCAGACCAGAUAGACCCUCCUUGUGGUCAAAAUGAAACCAGAGAAGAUGGCAAAAUAAUUCAGCUACCUCCCUGCAAGACAGGAGCAUGGAUUGUUCCUGCCAUCAUGGCCUGUUACCUCUUGGUUGCAAACAUCCUUUUGGUGAACCUGCUUAUUGCUGUUUUCAACAAUACAUUUUUUGAAGUCAAGUCCAUAUCCAAUCAAGUAUGGAAGUUUCAAAGGUAUCAGCUAAUCAUGACAUUUCACGAAAGACCUGUUCUCCCACCUCCUCUGAUCAUUUUCAGCCAUAUGACUAUGAUAUUCCAACACCUCUGCUGCAGAUGGCGGAAGCAUGAAAGUGACCCGGAUGAGAAAGACUAUGGAUUAAAACUUUUCAUAACUGAGGAUGAACUGAAAAAAGUCCAUGAUUUUGAAGAGCAGUGCAUAGAAGAAUAUUUUAGAGAAAAGGAUGACAGAUUCAAUUCCUCCAAUGAUGAAAGAAUCCGUGUCACUUCAGAAAGGGUAGAGAACAUGGCCAUGCGACUGGAAGAAGUAAAUGAGCGAGAGCACUGCAUGAAGGCGUCUCUGCAGACUGUUGACAUUAGGCUUGCUCAGCUGGAAGAUAUGAUGGGACGAAUGGUGAUUGCCCUAGAAAAACUGACUGGCAUAGAAAGAGGUGAGACAACCAAGAUACGAUCCAGGACCUCAUCCGACUGUACUGAUGCAGCCUACAUUGUGAGGCAGAGUAGCUUCAAUAGUCAGGAAGGAAAUACUUACAAGCUUCAAGAAAGCAUAGAUCCCACUGGAGAGGAAUCCAUGUCCCCAACAUCUCCUACGAUCACACCCCGCAUGCGAAGCCACUCUUUCUAUGCAACAAACAUGAAGGACAAGUGUGGGCUGGAAAAGUUUGAAAGCAUUUUUAAGGAAAGGUCUCCAAGCCUGCAUCGAGCUAUCAGUUCCCACUCGAUAGCAAAAGAAGGAAAGAUUCCCUUAGCCCCUACCAGCACUUUGUCAAUUGCCCCAGACUCCAGAAGACCUUCUUCUUGUAUUGACAUCUAUGUUUCUGCCAUGGAUGAGAUUCAUUCUGACACAGAGCCUCUCGACAGCUCCAUAAAUAUUCUUGGUACUGGAGAUGCAGCUUUGCAGGCUCACAUAGCCUCCUCCAUUUUGGCUAACAGUGCGUACAUUAGCAGUACACCUGGCGAAAAAAUCUCUGGCAGGAGUCUUGAUUGUGAGGAAACCUCUGGAAUAGAAACAAGAGCAUUUUCUUCAGACUAUUCACAAAUCACAGAUUGUCAAAUCCCCUGGGAUUCAGACCCUCCAUUGUAUCAUGCUUUAGAGCGAUCUAAAAGCAGUCGUUAUCUGGCUACAACUCCAUUUAUUCUAGAAGAAACACCAAUUGUGAAAUCUCACAGUUUUAUGUUCUCUCCAUCUCGGAGCUACUUCAGCAGCCUUGGUGUCCCAGUCAAGACCGCAGAGUACACAAGUAUUACAGACUGUAUUGACACAAGAUGUGUGAGUGCUCCCCAGGCCAUCGCAGAGAGGGCCAGUUUCCCUGGAAGUCUUGGAGGUAAAGUGGAGGACUUGGGAUGUUGCCACCCAGAGAGAGAAGCUGAACUAAGCCACCCAAGUUCUGAUCAUGAGGAUAUUGAGGCCAAAGACAAAAAGGGGAUCCCCUUAUCUCCUCAAGAUGGCAAUUCUUCAAGAGCUCUGCCCAACAGCAUCCCAAUUCCUAAAAUAGAGCGGGCCAACAGCUACUCUGCAGAGGAGUCCAACAUGUUAUAUGCACAGCACACACGAAAGAGCUACUCUAUCAGCGACAAACUUGACAGACAGCGAAAUGCAACAGGCCUGCGAAACCCUUUCCAGAGGAGUAAGUCCUCAAGGCCAGAGAGCAGGGGGGACAACCUGUCCAUGAGGAGACUGUCAAGAAUGGGAGCUUUCCGCAGCUUUGAAAGCAAGCACAGCUAGGCCUAGACAAAGCUCACCAGCAGUCCAAGGGUCACCUGCUCUCCAGUCCAUCUUUCUUAGCAGAACUUAAAAAAUCUCUCUUGUCACUCUUUGCCAACUCCAGUUGGCAUUAGGCACUGGUCAAGAGAGUACGUUGUUGGUCUCAGCAUUGCCCACUGAGUUACUGCAUCUUGCCCCAGUUGACAUUUGCACUUAAGGAAGAAGAGAGGGAUUAAAGCUGUACAGAGUUUUCAGUAAACAGCAGUUAUAACUAGCCCCUUUAUGAAGUCACAAGAAAUAAAUUAGUAGGUUCAGAAAUCUGCCUUUUAUUAGAAAGCAUCCUAAGGUCUUUGAUCAUCAUUAAAGUUUGCAGGAUACAGGAAUUAACUGGCAAAAGACAUGUACAAGUUAGAUGUUCUAAACUUCAAUCACAACUUCUUUUUCAUCUGUUUCACUGUUGUGAUGGAUGAUGAAAAGCAUUUAUUUCUGUAGUAAAUGGAAGCAAACAAACCUAAAGUCUCCCAAAUCCCUUGCAUUCCACACUUCUGGAGAUGAAGAAAAAUGAACAAGAUAACAACCAUAACGUUCACUUGUCUCUUUUUGUAUCAACUUCUAGUGCCACAAAAAGUUUGUAUUUUCAAGAGCAGAAAGGGAAAUGAAAUGUCUUUUGUACUGCAACUUAAAUGGAGGAAAGAUUUAUGUUAAAAUAUCAGGUGAUAACCUGUAUAAAACAGGCAUUCCAGAUUUUAGUGCAGCUGAGCAAGCUCAGGAUGAAUGUAAUUAAGUGGAAUAGUAUAUAUUUAUUUUUUUAACCACAUUUGUCACCAGU